AUGCAACUGGGUCCUAGGAAACUGCGCUCGACUGCGCGGCUGUAACGCACUAUGUACGCUUUUCAACACAGCCAUCUGCCGAAGAUGUCGAACUGAACGAUGGGAAGUGCAAAAUGGCGGAAAGUUCAAAUUGUUGCGAUGUUUUGAAUACUGUUCUUAAUAAAUUAUUUCGCCUUUACUUAUCAAUACGAUCAAAUUAAAUGUGUUCUCUAUAAAUAUUGUUACAUGUAAUUGCUGAAGCCGGCAGCCAAUUAUUUUACUUUACCAACAUGACAGAACGUAAAAAAUACAGUGGUACUACGGUGAGUGUGACAGCAAGCACUGAGUGCGAAGUAGACAUUUCGACAGCUAAAACCCAAACAAAUAGAUUGAGAAGAAGCCUGAGACGAACACAGCGACAACCACCCCUUGAUUCUCCCAAUCACUGCCAUAACGUUUUCAAGACACCAACUCGAGUGACAAGGUCAAGAUACACCUAUGCAGAGUCCCCACAAAAUGACUCGGAUCUUCAACAGGAUAUCAUUUGGGAUGCAACAUCUCCCUCUCCCAUCAGAGCAGACAGAAGAGGCAAGAAGUAUUCUGCAAAUGUUGGAAUCGUGAACAUCUCAGAUAUUGUCAACAGGAUUGCUCCCAAGCAGGGGAGACCUGUGGUUCCUGAGUCAUCAUUGCAACAGUGGAUAGGAGACAGUGCCAUUCCCUGCACUCCUGAAGUAGAGCAGCCAAAGCUCAAAAGGAAAUCCCCAAGGCAAAAUGGAGUAGAUGACCUAAUUAAGCUGGCAAAACAGUUUGAUUUUAACAUGUUACGGCAAGAUGAAGAGCAUGUUCAGAUACACAAUGAGAGUGUAAUUUCAGACAUGUUUUAUUUUGAGGAUGAAAAGUGCCAGCCUUCACUAUUUCUAAGUAAUAGAGGCCUUGAAAAGGCACCAUCAGCUCUACAAACAAAUGUAAGAGAGUCUUCAUUCCUGCUACCUCCAGACCAAGAUAUGGAGGAUGACUUGAAUUUUCUGUUCGAUGGGCCAACUCAACACAUAAGUGGCAAUUUAAGUCAGAAUUCUCUAGCUCGGUCAUUGGAAAUGAAGACGGUUCAAACUGCAUUCUUCAAAGUUAUUCCUGGGAAAGAUACAAAUUCAGGACAUAGUGUUGUGCCACCUGUCAGUUCUUCGCCUCAUGUCAAACAUGGAUCGACGCAUGUGGAUUUUGACGAUGACUGGGAAAAUGAUGAUUUGCUGGAUGAAUCAUUUGGUUUUGAGAUGACCCAAAAUCCACUUGGCUCUGCCCCUUCUAAGCCUAGUUCAAUGCAAAGAGGAUCAAAUGAAUGUAAAACCAGUUUUAGUCCUCCCACUACAAUAGCCAGUAAUGAAUGUCAGAGGUUACAGAAAGAAAAAAGUGAUCUCCAACCAGCUGUGUUGGAAGAGCCAGUUAAUACUGUGAGAAACAGAACAACCUUCAGGCUUGAAGCAAAUCCUAAUUUCCAAGUCAAUAUCUUCACAGAGGCACCAGCAAAGAUAGAAUCUGCUUCAGAGUUGGUCAAACCAGGAAAGUACAGUGAAGUUCAACAAUGUCGAUCAAGUACUCUUUCACUUGCAAAUGUGAUUUCUACAGUAGCUGGUUCCCACGGUGAGCAAACCAUGGAGCUCCAUUCAAAUGGAAUAAAACCAGGGCCACAAGCACCAUUGUUUCAUCAAAAUACAUGGACUCCUACCAGCACAUCUACUUCCACCAACUCUUGUCCAGCAAAACCUUCUCAGACUAAUUCAAGCCAAAAGCCAGAAGAGAAGGAAGGGAAUGAAGAAGAUAGUUCAGCCUUCCGUUGCGACAACUGUAUUCCUGAGGAUGACCUGGAUUCGUUCUUUGCCUUGGACGAUGUUUGGGAUGACAAAGAUGGUGACGAUGACCUGCUGUGUGAAGUGUGUGAAGAUCUUGAGAGCCAGGUGCAGAGUUUGGAGGACCCUCCUAUCAAGAACUUUCAGCCAACCAGUCAGGUACAAAACCAAAAACCUUCCAGCAUCCUUCCAAGCCGUAGCACUUACAAUGUAAAUCCCCCAAAUCGGCCGGCACAACCAAGCAAUCCCAUCAUUGCCACAAAUUCACUGUCGGCCCCUGGAAUUAGUGGCAUCUACUCUCUCCGAACGAACCGAGUUUCAUGUCAAGAACCCUUUCCUGCUGUUAGUGGCUAUAAGAAGCAAAGGGGCAACAACUUUGUUGUAAAAUCUACAUCCAACUCCACCUUUAUGCUGCAGAACCAUGGUGGAACAGAGCCAUAUAGAUGUAAUAAAAGCACUUACCUAACUGGGAGCACAACCAAUCGCCAGUGGCUUGGGAAUGAGACAGGGACGGUGUCUGCGGCUCGUGUAAAUGCAUCUGAAAACUCUGGUCAGUUCACCUUCAAGAGACCGUCUGGCUGUGUGUCCAGUUCUGUCACGUCUUCAACCAACACUAAAGUUAUCGUGGGCAUUCAACCGGAGAAGGAUGAAAAAUGCUCAGUGGCAGAGAUUGAACAGAAGAAACAGCAGGCUAUUGCCAGGAGACGUCAGCGGAUGCAAGCUGCCCAGAACCUAAGUGCUCCCCUAUUAAGUAAUCUACAAGCACAUGAAAUCCAAUUUAAGCAUUCUAAAGUCUUUCAGAAUUGACAUACAGUGGAGCCAUGGCUGGUCAUCUGGUAUGGGUCCACAAAGACUGGAACACUGACCCAACAAACAUCUGCAGAUUUUUAUUUUUCAAACUUGUUGUGGACUAAGAUCAAGACUCGGUACCAGUCCUUUACGUUGCUCAGUCCAUCCCAUCACAUUUUGAUCUAUAUUCCUGCAAAAGUUUUGAUGAUACAACCUUGAGUAAGAUAAAUAAUCUUUAUUUUCGUAGAUCUAUUUAAAUUCUCAUCAGACUGUUUAUUUCUUGUUUAUUACUGGACAUGGCAAAAAGAUAAACAAACAGGACAUUGUUCUCAGUUGGUUAAAUUAACAAUGCAUUGCAGUUUCAUUUAUUGUUGUUGUCAUGUUUUUUUCAUAUUUUUUUAUAAUGAUGAUUCUAAUAAUGGCACUGCCUGUAAGGUGGUAUACAGAUUUUAUUUAACAAAAUAGGGUAUUUCUCAGCUGUGAAUGAAUCAAUAUUCAAUUAAAUGAUUUAUUUAUUUUAAAUAAAUAUAGGGAUGUGUA